AUGCGCUCUCGAAUCAUCACCCUCCUCGGAGCGGCCCUCGCCCUCGCAGACCAACACCCCCUCCUACCCUCAUCCUCGUCCUCCUCAUUCACCUGUGACCUCCCACCCCCCGUAUCCCCAAACGAUGGGCUGCCCUCAGCAAAGGACCUAUUCUCCUCCGAAGCAGCCCUCCUAAAACAAGUCGAGCGCCACGCAGCCCUCGUCCGCGUGCCAUCAAUCUGCUACGAUGACCUGGGCGACUUUGACAAAGAUCCCCGUUGGAAGGUAUUCUACGAGCUUCACGACGUAAUCAGAAAGACUUAUCCCGCAUUACACGCCCGCUCAAACCUGGUCAAAGUAAACACCUUCGGCCUGGUCUACACCAUCCCCGGAUCCAACCCUUCCCUCAAACCAAUCCUCCUCGCAGCCCACCAGGACGUCGUCCCCGUAGCGGACGCAUCGACCUGGACGUACCCGCCCUUCUCGGCGCACUUUGACGGCGAAUGGAUGUGGGGCCGCGGCGUAUCGGACGACAAGAACUCCUUCACGGCCCUCCUCUCGGCGCUCGAGACGCUCCUGUCGGACCCCUCGUGGAAGCCCAACCGGACAAUCAUCCUGGCCUCGGGCUUCGACGAGGAGUGCUCCGGGCGGAGGGGCGCGGGCUUCAUCGCGAAGCACCUCGAAAAGGAAUGGGGCAACAACAGCAUGGCCCUCAUCCUGGACGAGGGAGGCAUGGGCCUGCAGCAGCUCGACGACAAGACGCUCUACGCCCUCCCCGGCGUGACGGAAAAGGGCCACGUCGACAUCUGGUUCGAGCUGCACGUGACGGGAGGCCACUCGUCCGUGCCGUUCCCGCAUACCGGCAUCGGCAUCGUGUCGGAGAUCGUCGUCGCGCUCGAGUCCCACCCUUACAGCCCCAAGCUGACCACCUCGUCCCCGCUGUACCAGCACAUCGUCUGCCAGGCGCGGUACUCCCCGGACGCCCAGCCCAAAAUCACCCGUCUGCUGGAGGAGGGCGACCUGGACGCUCUGGCGGAGGAGCUGGUGACCAUUGACCGUCCCACGCACUACCGUCUCCAGACCUCUCAGAGCGUGGAUUACUUCCAGGCCGGCCAAAAGAUCAACGCGAUGCCCGAGGUCGUAAAGGUUGGCGUGAAUUACCGCGUCGCCCCGCAGAACAGCAUCCCCGAGAUCCAGCACAACAUUGUCAGGUACAUCAGCGGCAUUGUGGAGAAGUACGGCAUCAAGGUAGAGGCAUUUAAGGGCGACGACGAGUACGACAACUAUGCUGCGCAGCAGUAUCGUGAUUUCGGCGGUGUCAGUUUGGAGGACGACGUCAAGCCGCUGUACGAUGUCGAUUACAACGGCACCUUGGUGCUUACCUCUAGCCAGAAGACGCUCGUCGCGCCCCUGUCCCCUACCAAGGGCCCAAUCUGGGAUCUGUUCUCUGGUACUCUGCAAUCUAGCUUUGCAUUCGACGGAGGCAAGGUUAUUCCUGUGGGCGAGUCCAUGACCGGUAACACGGACACGAGACACUACCUAAAUCUCACGCCAAAUGUCUACCGCUUUGUGCCUAUUCGGAAUGGCGCUACACUCAACGCCCAUACGAUUGAUGAGAGAAUCAAAAUCAGCGCGCACCUAGAAAUUCUUAGAUUUUACUAUGACCUGAUUCGCAACUUUGAUGCGGCCGAUGUCUGA